UCAUGGAGUGGCUCGUCCGCUGCGGGAGCGGCACGGUCAUGUAAAAACAUUAAAAAAAUCCCAGUAUUAUUACGAAGACAUGCUUUUCAUUAUCGUGACGAAUUCGUUUCACUUCAACCGCAUCAUGUGUGCUUUCGUUGCAAACGCGCAGAAGCAAGGAUAACGGAGCCCGGAACGUCAAAGGCUUCCUGCGAGAGGUUAUGUCGCACGUGAGAGCUACGUUAACCUGCCUGCGGUGACACUUGAGGAUCUUCGCACGGAACGAGCGCGUGAGAAUUGGCGAAAAUGUCGAGCGAGAAGCCGUGUCGCGCGUGUAUGGACUUCCGAACGUGGGCGAGGCGCCAGAAGGAGGUCUACGACUCGGCGAAGGGUUCGCAGAAGAAGCAGGAGCAAGCGCCGAUCGUCAGGAACGGCGGCACCCGAGACGAUUGUCCCUUAGACAAGGACGAGCUGGGCUCGAAGACCUGGGCCUUCCUGCACACCAUGGCGGCCUACUAUCCCGACCGUCCGACCGACAAACAGAAGGCCGACAUGAACAGCUUCUUUCACACGUUCUCCAAGUUCUAUCCUUGCAACGUAUGCGCGGAGGAUCUGCAGGAGCAGCUGAAGCACACGCCGCCGGAGACCGGUUCACAGGAGAAACUGAGCCAGUGGCUGUGCAGAAUCCACAACGAGGUCAACAAGAAGAUCGGGAAAUCGGAAUUCGAUUGUAAACUGGUGAACCAGAGGUGGAGGGACGGUUGGCUGGAUGGUUCUUGUGAUUGAUAAAUAGCUGCGAUAGUCUUAGAAUGUACAAUGGGACCUGAAUACAGUACGAAUUGUAAAUAACUAUUGUAGGUUUUUUUCAUUGGGCAAUCCGCUGCUCUUAAAUUUGCCAGUACAACGAGAAAAUGGAAUUGAUAGUGCAAUACAUGUACUUAAAAACCUUUC